GCUUGGGAAGCAGAGCUCGGCUCGCUCAAACGCGGAGCUGCUGCAGUUUGCACCCCUACAGCGGCUUUGGGAAGGCGUCAAGCCGCUGGAUAAGCGUUUUUUGAACAACGAGGGAACCCAGCGUGGCGUUUCUUUUCACAGCGGUCAUUUCAACAUGGGGAAUGGCAUCAAUAAGGUCCUGCCUGACCUGUAUUUGGGGAAUUUCAAAGAUGCAAGAGACCGAGAGCAGUUAGCCAGGAACAACAUCACACACAUCCUGUCCAUUCAUGACAGCGCAGCUCCCAUCCUCCAGGAGAUGACCUAUCUCUGCAUUCCAGCAGCUGACCUGCCCACACAAAACCUGACUCAGCACUUUAAACAAAGUAUAAUGUUCAUGCACGAGUCUCGCCUGAAAGGGGAAGGCUGCCUCGUUCACUGUUUGGCAGGUGUGUCCCGCAGUGUCACCCUGGUAGUGGCUUAUAUCAUGACGGUGACAGGACUGGGCUGGCAGGAGGCGCUGGCUGCAGUGAGGGUGGUUCGGCCCUGUGCUGGACCUAACCUGGGCUUUCAGCGCCAGCUCCAGGAGUUUGAGGCUACUCAAGCUGAGCAGUUCAGAGAAUGGCUACAGAAGGAAUAUAAGGACAACCCCUUCAAUGAUGAGGCCGAGCUCCGUGAUUUGCUCGCCAGGACGUCUAAAGUCAAUGGCGUGGAGGUGGAAAAACAGACUACCCCACCUGAAGCUAUCUGAUCGGAUCUUUGAUGAGAUAUUUUGCAACUCAGCUUGGAGGAUCACACCACCACUGUGCUACAGUACUCUGGACCUUAUCUGAAAGUCUAUUGUGCUUUGGAGCAGACUACUGUCAGGAUGUUUAUCACUGCUGGAGCGAUCCUCCAAAAAUCAUGGACAUGAACAUUGAAAGAGACAAUCAACAUGUACAGGGCAUUUUCAUUUUUAGUUUGAGCUGAUGUUUCUGGUGCUGUUGUAUUUUCUAAUUUAUGAAUGUUGUGUUUUUUUUGUACUGUGUCACGACGAUUUCAAAUUGUGAAAUAAAAGGAGACAAGUCGA